AUGGACGGCGGCGUAGAGUGCGUUGAGGUGUUGGUCGUGGAUGAGAAGAACGGUCAGCAGAAGUACGGCGCCGUCAGUAAAGAGUCCGAUUCGCCGACAUUCCGUGGCCACCCGGCGCCACCAGAUACGCCUAACGGACCGAAGUCCGAUAAGAAUAGCAGCGGUGCCGCCGGUCAGGACGACAGGACGAAGCUCAUCGGAGAGAGGCUGAGUUCGGCCGGAUCGGUCGCGAAGACGGGAACGCCGUCGCCCGUGUUUACGCGAAUGACGAGCACGAGACUCGACGGCGCUCGCCCGAAGCCACUGCCACGCCGCCAGAAGAGCAUCGUCGACAUUCUCACGCGAAAGCUGUCGAUGACCGAGCGGCGGCCGCAGAGGUACUCCAAGGAGGAGGUGUCGUACGUCAACAAGGCGCACUUCCAGUCGGUCUCCGAGAUCAGCCCGCAGAAGCGACAGCAGCGGCGCAAGGAGAUACGGGAGAAGUUCGAGAAAUGGGAGACGUCGACGUCCAGCUCCGAACGCCACUGGUGCAGUCGCUGGACGUUCGUGUUCGACCCCUCCGGGCGUCUCGCCUACUACUGGUCGAGCAUCAUGAGCAUGGCCUUUCUGUAUAACUUCUGGAUUCUCGUUUACCGAUUCGCAUUUGACGAAAUCACACACGAUACACUAAUAGUGUGGUUUUCCUUGGAUUACCUCGCGGACCUCAUCUAUAUUAUUGACGUCGGUGUCGGCUUUAGGACGGGCUAUCUCGAAGACGGCGUCCUGUCGACGGACCCAGUUAAACUUCGCAAGCACUACAUGAAUUGUACGCGAUUCUAUAUCGACUGUUUGUGUCUGGUGCCGUUGGACUUUUUGUACUUGUCCAUCGGCUUCUGCUCAAUCUUGCGAGGAUUUCGGCUCGUAAAGAUCUACCGAUUCUGGGGUUUCCUAGAUCGCACUGAGCGUCACACCAACUAUCCAAACGUCGUGCGCACGCUAAAUCUCAUCCACACCCUGCUGGCGAUAUUCCACUGGAACGCCUGCUUUUACUUCAUAAUCACGGCGAAGAUUGGAUCGGAUUACGAUUCCUGGUCGUAUCGACGCGAGCCAGAGAACAAACUUCGCAAUUACCUGCAUUCGUUUUAUUGGAGCACGCGGGCAUUGACGAUGAUCGGCGAUCUACCGCAGCCACGAACUAAGGCCCAGUACGUCUUCUGUGUCCUCGAGAUCAUAUUCGGUCUAUUUCUGUUCGCCACCGUUCUGGGGCACGUCAGCAACAUUGUGACCAAUGUUAGUGCUGCCAGGAAGGAGUUCCAAGCGCGGCUUGACGAUGUGAAGACGUACAUGAGCUUGCGACGCGUGCCCAGACACCUGCAGGACAGAGUCAUCCGCUGGUUCGACUACCUGUGGAUCACAAAGAAGUCCUCGGAUGAGGAGAAGACACUUCACUACUUGCCAGAUAAGCUUAAAGCGGAGAUCGCAAUCCAUGUUCAUUUGGAUACGUUAAAACAGGUAGGUAUUUUCAGAACACGGGAAGCGGGCUUUCUAUGCGAACUCGUGCUACGGCUUAGACCCGUACUCUUCUCCCCGGGUGAUCAUAUCUGCAGGAAAGGUGAAGUCGGCAAGGAGAUGUACAUAGUAAAUCGCGGACGCGUGCAGGUGGUUGCCAACGACGGCAAGUCGGUCCUCGCGACUCUGAAGGCCGGCAGCUACUUCGGGGAGAUCAGUAUCCUGAACAUGGGCACAGCCGGCAAUCGCCGCACCGCGUCCGUCAAGUCCGUCGGUUACUCAGACCUGUUUCGCUUGUCUAAGGGCGACUUGUGGGACGUAUUGAAGGAGUAUCCAGCUGCACGCGUUCGUCUGGAAGCAGUGGCUGCCAGGCGGAUGGAGGGAUAUCGCAAGAGCAUCGCUGUAAACGCGAGAAGAAGCAGCAGCACACCGGGCCUCGUGGAGACCUCUGGCCGCCAGACGCUCGAGUCGCCCACCAGGCGGCCGACGCUGCCAAGCACACCAAUCCUGCCUUACCGAGUGUCCGAAACCAGCGACGACGACGACCGCAAGGCCCAACGUUACCGGAGACGUGAAGAGUCGCUAACAGCUUCGCACAAUGUGGCAGAAGUGUCAGAAACAGGAGAUGCUGUUUAG